UUGCUGAAUGCAAGCAAUGCACUUUUCUAAUCAUAACAUCACAACAAUCUGCGCUGAUUCUCUGAUUCUCGUAAAUUAAAUUCGAAUUUAUUUAAAAAAAAAUCAUUAUUCAUUUGACAAUCAUCUUAACCUUUAUAUUAUUUCAUAAUUAUGCUCAUACAAUUGUAAUUAUUUAAAAAAGUUGUUGAUUUGUUAUUUUUUUCUUUUACACUAAACUCUCAAGAGAGGUUACAAAAUCAGUUGAAUGACAUCAAAAAAUGCCGGGAAAAAUAAAAGUAAAGAUAUUAGCAGGAAGAAAUUUGCCUGUGAUGGACCGAUCAGGCGACACAACGGAUGCUUACGUUGAAAUAAAAUUUGGAAAUACGACCUACAAGACUGAUGUAUGCAGAAAAUCAUUGAAUCCUCAGUGGAACACCGAGUGGUACAGGUUUGAAGUUGAUGAUGCUGAGUUGCAAGAUGAGCCGCUGCAAAUAAAGCUUAUGGAUCAUGAUACUUACUCGGCUAAUGAUUCUAUUGGCAGAGUUUAUCUCAAUUUAAAUCCUUUACUGCUACCAGGACAUCCGUUGACUAUUAAAAAUAUAUGGACAUUGGAAGCUACUAUGAAUACUAGCGCUGGUGCUCAAGGAGGCUCUGUUAUGACUGGAUGGAUACCUGUUUAUGAUACGAUGCACGGUAUCAGAGGAGAAGUUAACAUCAUCGUAAAAGUCGAGUUAUUUUCAGACUUUAAUAAAUUCAAACAGUCGUCUUGUGGAAUUCAGUUCUUUUAUUCGCCAAAUGUACCUCACGGAUAUCAUGCCCAAGUAAUUCAUGGCUUUGUAGAAGAAUUAGUGGUCUCAGAUGACCCGGAAUAUAAAUGGAUUGACAAAAUUCGUACUCCUCGGGCAUCUAAUGAGGCAAGACAGACAUUGUUCUUCAAACUUAGCGGUGAAGUUCAAAGAAAAAUUGGUUUAAAAGCCAUGGAUCUAGGUGGAAAUGCUGUAAUUGGAUAUGUGCAGAAUUUUGAUUUGGAAGGGGAGUCUGGAAUCGUUGCCCGUGGUAUUGGAACUGCAGUUACGAUUAUUAAAUUUCAGGAUCUUACUCAGUCAUUAAUUGAAACUCCUGUUAUCGACGACCUCGCGUGUGUGCACCUAAAAAAUCACAUAGAAUUAUCUGAGAGUGACGAUAGUUUGCCAUUACUUUCUUCCUCGCCAAAUCGCAGUCCCAUAAAUCCUUUAAAUUUCCCAAACGUAAAACUCCAGAUGACUCAAGUGGGUAAUAAAUUUCCGAAAAGUGGUCAAGAGCGAGAAAGAUUAUCAACUUAUCCACGUCAAUCUGUUAAAGUUAAAGAAUUCAAAGCAAUCGCUAUGAAAGCGCGUCAAUUAUCUUUGCAACACAGCCCAGUACCGAGUUUACGUAAAUGCAGCACCACUUCAUCAACUCAAUCGAUAUCCGAUGACUUGAUAACCGAGUCGUCGGUCAAAAUGAUGUUAGCGCUAGAAGAUAUGCGUGGUGAGAGCACUUCAGUAUUUUCACGUGGCUUAAAAAAUCUAAAAUACUUGCCUAAGCGAGUGAUACAAAUGAAGAGCAAGCUUUCGGAUUCUCUUGACGAUGAAAGUGAUCAAGAUAGUACUUACUCUAGCAAUUGGUCUGUUGUCGGGUCUGAUUCGGGAAGAUCUUCAAUCACUGACUUCAGACAGUCAAUGAGACGUAAAAAGUUUACCCAUAAGAAAAAUCUUUCUGAAGGUAGCAUGGCCGCUAUGCUAAUUCGAUCUGUUCAUACGGGGUUCCUUGAUAGUGUUAGAGAAGAUCACGAGACUCCUGCUCCAUCACCCGUUAAUUUACUGACUAAAGAUAAUGAACAUUCUAAUGAACUUUUGGACAGUCCAGAUGAAGCCGUACUUGAGUUGAAAUCAAUCAAAGAAGAAAUAAUUAAACUUACAGUUGAAAGCGAGUUUAGUAAAGCAAAGAAAAAGAAAUCUUUUAAAUAUAAAAAACGUAGACCUAUGAUUUCAUCGUCUGAAACAGAUACUUCGACCUCAGAUGAUGAUGAUCCAUCGGAAUCUAGUACUAAUUAUAACAUUCUUGAUGACUCUUCUGUUACUGAAACUAUUGAACCUAAAGAGAUUGAAAUUGACCAGAAGAAUAAUUUAAAAAUUAAUGAAUUGUUUGAUUUUGAUGUUAAGAUUUCGGAAAAAAAUUCUAGGAAAGAAAAAGACGAGAUUAUAAAUACUGAUGCAAAGCUUAAAAUCUUAGAUAAAGUACAUCAAGAUUCUUUGCCAGAAGGUUUGAUUCUUGACCUCGAUGGAACUAAUGACACAUCUAUUUCUUCAGUCCCGUCAACUCCUGAAAAAGCUGUUGAAAUUUCACCCGAAUACGCUGUACUGACAAAAGAACCCACUCCGACGAAUUUAAAAACCUCUUCUAAUUUUAAAUUGAAACUUGUGGGAAAGCAAAGUCGUUUUGAUGCUUCGGCGGAAGGUGUAUUGAUUCCUACGGGAGGAAAUGAUAAAAAUGAUUCAGUUUUAAGCGAAUCUAUUUUACCAGUUCCUGAAUUAUUCGCAUCAGUUGAACCUUAUAUGGAAAGUUUAUUGCAACCGCUGAUAGAUUUAAAUUUAGACAGUGAUGCUGGUUGUUCUGUUGAGACUUCAGUGGAACUAGUGGAUAAAAAUAAUGAUAAUGAAGAAGUUUCUAACGCUUCUAACCCUUCUGAGAAAACUAUUGUUAUUGAUAUGCUAAAUGAGCCAGAAGUUUUAUCAAUUUCCGAAAUUAAUUCUGAUUUUGAAGCAAAACUAGAUAAAGUCAUUAAUUUUGAGUCUGGAGAAAAAGAAGAGAUAGAUGAUCCUGAUAUUAAGCUGGAGGAAAAUAAAGUUAAUUCUGAGUUUAAACUUGAAGAAGAAACAACUCAGAAUAAUUUAGAAUUUAAAGUAAAAGAAGAAUUAUCGAAUUCUAAAUUUAAAUUUGAAGAAGAAGUAAAUUUAGAAUUUAAAUUUGAUAAAGAACUAGUGAGUCUUUCACCUCAACUUGAAAAUAAAAUAAUAAAUCCAGUGCCUAAGCGUGAAGAAAUAAUAUUGGAUCCAUUACAAGGUCCUUUACCUUGCAAAAAAUAUUUAACCCAUUCAGAAUCAUUGGAUUCUCAAAAUUCUGAAGAAAAGAAAGAAAAAACAUCAAAAAAAGUUUCAAGAACAGACACCGUAAUCUACCGAGGCCCGCUGAGAGAAAAAGACAAGCCACAUAUGAAAGUUAAAUCUCAAGCAGAAAAACCAAAAAAACCUCUUCCUCCAACGCUCGUUCUAGCUCCGCCAGUAAUAGUGUCAGAGUGCGACCCCAAUUUCCUUCAAGUUCCGAUGUUCGAUACCAAAGACAUAAAUGUUCGCAGUCCAUAUCCUUCUCCUCCAAUAAAUCCUUCAUAUCCCCAAGAACCUGUUUACAAAAUCGAGACUCAAAAUCCGGAAAUAUUUAUGGCGCAGUUCAAUGAAAAAUUCAAUCGAAAGUUUCGUCAGCAUGCAAUGCUGGACUUGAUGAAAUUAAUAGACACAAAAAUGAUGGUUCAUCGCCGAGAUUCGACCAAAAGUAAGAGACGUCGUCGAGACCGUGUUAAUUUCACGUCGACACCUUCACCUGAUUCUUUACACCGAGGAAAACGUCGACACUCUUCAAGAUCACGAUCUCCUGAGUCGCAUCACCACCAUCAUCACCAUCACCACCACCAUCAUCAUAACCACCACAGCCAUCACAACCACCACAGUCAUCACAAUCACUCGACUAAUCUUCAUGGUAGCCACUCGGGUGCUCAUAUAUCGUCAAUGUCGUCGCCUCCGUCGAGUCCUUCAGUAGUUUCCCUUAAAAAGACAGCCUCGUUUUAUGAGCUUCAUGACAAUAUGCCGCGUGUUAUCACUCCUCAUCCCUCAUUCGACACUAACAGCCACAGUAACAAUCAGUCGCCUCGCACUUAUUCGAAAGAAAAAAUAAUACCGCAGACAAUAAUUGAAAAUUUAAAUGAACACCUUGAUGAAGAUUCGCAGAAGCUUAAACAUAAAACAGCAACUAAACAAUUGUCUGCGAGUAAUCAUGUUAAAAUAAUUACUUCUAAUCCUAAUCCUAAUGAAACAGAAUCAAUACCAAUGAGCGUAAUUCCACCAAAAAUUCAGCAAUCAAAUGUUAAUGUUAAUAAUGAUGUUAAUAUUAAUCCUAAUACUAGUAAAUUAUUAAUCCCCGCGGAAUUAGAUCCAUCUGUGCAUAAAAGUCACAGCGAAGGUAGUUUAGGAAAGUUAAAUAAUAAAAAUCAUUCGGCUAAAACUAAAAUUACUAACAAUGCUAAUUUAACUGACCCGUGUGUGCCUUGCCCGCCUGUCUGUCUUAGACCACCUCAGCAGCAAAUUGAACCAGCGACAAGUCCAGUUCAUAAUUCAUCAGGACUACCAGGUUCUGUUGGAACAAAAGUAACCAAUUCACCGGCCAGUAAAGUUCCUUUGCAUCGCCGCUCUAGCGACUCUGAUCUCAGCAUCACACCCAAAGGAUUUUGUAAAUUCUUUCACAAACGCAAUUCAUUGGUGUGCAAUGAAAAAACUACUGUGCAUUUGAAACCCUCGACUGCAAUUGUCAGAACGAUGAAUCAGGAUGCUUUGGAGAUGCUGGAGUAUCCAUUUAUUACCAUGCAACACUAUCCGCCAGGAUUUGUAUUAAAUUUAGGGGGAUUGGUCAGUUCAAGAUCUGUAAAAUUAAUUGAUAGAAUAAGUAAUCUUGAGGAGCCAGAAGGUCGUGACGCUUGGUGGACGGAAAUAAGAAUGGAAGUAAGAUCUCACGCGCGUGCUUUAGGCUGCAAUGUUGUUUUGGGUUACAAAGAAGAGAUUAGUAUAUGUGAUGACGUGUGUGUCUUAAACGCUUCUGGAACGGCUGCAGUGAUAAAUUUGCUCAACACAAAUCAAGAUCAAGACGUUUUGCUCAAUAAAAAUCAGCAACCGAUCACAAACGCCAAUGAAGGUGAUAAAAAUAUGCACAAAUCCAUAUCAACAAAUAAAAACGAAAAAAUAGACGACAACGCGAAUAACGGACAACUAAUACAAACAACAGGCCGUGUUAAGCGUACUUCCGAGAGCAAUGAUAAUGAAAUACCAUCUAUGCCGUUCAACACUGCUUGCAGUUUAUGUCAUUUGCCUUACAAUAGUCGCAGUGUUCCUCUCAAGGUUCAAAUGUCAAAGUGCGGUAUUUGUAAGCGCGCCAAAGUCCCCGAUGUAUUGUUUACGACAAUAGAACUCCCUGAGAAUAUACCAAUUACCGGAAGAGGAGUAUUUAUAGAGGCUACUGUUUGCAAAAUAAAACGGGAUGUAAGGGGCGAAUUGAAUGCUAAGGAAAUAUCAGACUGUUUGCCGUUUUUAGAGUAUGAAUUGCAUAGUUUACUGAUAAAUAAGCUCAAACUUAAAGGUAUGAAUGCUGUUUUUGGUUUAAAAGUUCAAGUUGAUAUUGGGGAACGUGUUGUGAUGGGGGUAGCUGUUGGUACUGCGGUUUUUUUAACAGCGUUACCCAGUCCGUCGAUUCCACAAGUCGCUUUGGGUAAUUCUUGGCACAAAGAGGAGCAAGUUGCGGAAAUACAGAAGGCUUUGAUUGAAACAGUUAAAAAAAAUCGCGAACUUUAUCGUCUUAAGCCAUUGAUUGAUUUAGAGAAUGGACGAUCAAUGGGAACAUCAGAUACUGAUGAAUCGGAAGAAGAUUUACCCGAUUUUGAUCUGGGUACUAAAGAUGCGUGCAUUCUUGAAAUAGACGACGUAGAAGAUAUGGAUAGAAUUAAUUUAUUAAUGGAUGAUAGUACUCCAGAAGGUUUUCACGUAGUUAAUACGCAGACAAUUCCGGGGCUUGAAGAUUUAGAAAUAGUGAGAAAUUUACAGAUGUUUACACAAAUCUCACGAACUAAAAUCCCAAAUGCAACGCCAAUACCUAUGCUAUCAAAGUACUUGAAUAAAAUUCUUCAAACAAUAUACUUUAAAUUACGGCGUAUGGUUCCUUGUGCUCUCUGUGAUAUGCAAUUUAAAGUUUCUCUCCCUGAGCCAGACGAGGUGCAGGUUUCAGUCGUCGGAAUGGCUUUGGGCCUCGGCGAUCCGAUUAGAAUAAAUAAAUACAAGCGUAAAGUCAUCAACAGCUCGACUAGUCGUGAUUUAUUGACAAAAAAUGACGAUUUGAUUUUUAAUCUCGAUGAAGAUCAAGCGGAGAGUACAAUAUCUGAAAUAAGCAACAAUCAAUUAAUGCCGAUACCAGUUUCGUCGCCAGUAGCCACACAAGCACCGAAAUCGAGACCUAGAUCGCCGUUCAAGGCGAAAAUUCCCAGCCAACACCGACAUAAACAUGUUCCUUUGAAAGAAAGAUACGGUGUAGAUAUAACGCCUUUGUCUUAUCUCCCGGGCGGGAGGAUUGAACGUUACUUAGGAAAUUUAAACUUCUUCUUCAUCAGAGAAAGUACGUCAAUCAGAGAGAACGGCGGACUGAGUGGAUUCACUCACAGCUUUAUUACCGAAGUUUUGGCCAUUGUUCGCGCUCAUAUUACGGCAUUGGGCGGCAAUGCUAUGGUUGCUUUUUUCCUGACGCAGUGUGUACUUCUCCACAGCCCACACAAAAAUCAAGGGCAAUGUUUAAUCAACGUGGGUGGAGAUGUUGUAUCAGUUUCAUACUUUGGCAACGAAAAACACAACCAGAAUUGCUGACAACACCCACCUUACUCCGCACCGCCGUAAGUUUAGUUUUCGAAGUACCGUCGUUACUAUUAUUGUUAUUAUUGAGUUACUAUAUUCCCCCAAAACUCCAUUAGUUAUUCAUUAAUUACAAUCGUCAGUCAGAAACAAUUCGAAUUAUCAUGGAUCCAAUUAAUAGUUAUUGAAAAUUACUCGAAAAAUGGAGAAAAAAAAUGUCAUGGAAAAAUUUUUUGCUAAAAGCAUUUUUUUAUUAAAAAUAAAGUAAUAAUAUACUUAGAAUAAUAAUUAA